AUGAACGAAUAAUUCAAUUAGGCUCAUUAUGAUAUAAAACAACAGAUUACACAUUAUGAGCAUGACUUGGAUCAUUUUUGGACAACUCUAACAGGGGCUGUUGUUCUGAUUAUGCAGUUGGGGUUUGCAUUUCUAGAGGGUGGGUGUGUACGAUAUCGGAACAUUCAAAGUAUCAUUAUCAAAGUUUAUGCUAACACUGCAAUUAGCAUUAUUAUGAUGUGGAUAGUUGGUUAUGGAUUGAUGAUGGGUAAAACUAACGACUCAUAAUUUAAUGGGAUAAGUGGCUUUUCAGGUUUCAGAUUUAAAGAUCAUCCUGAAUCUUAUGCCGAUUUUGUAUUUAAUACUGCAUUAGCAGCUGCAGCAAACAGUAUUGUAUCUGGAGGAGCAGCAGAAAGAAUGUCAAUACCUGGUUAUAUAGCUUUGAGUGUAUUAUUUUCUGGUUUUAUUUAUCCUAUUUGUAUCCAUUGGGCAUACAAAGGAUGGUUAUAUGAUUUGGGUUAUCAUGAUUUUGCUGGAAGUGGAGCAAUCCAUUUAACAGCUGGAAUUGGAGCUCUUGUUGUCACUUUUAUGCUUAGGCCAAGAACUAAUAGAUUUAAUCCAUAGUUUGAAUCGUAAUUUAAACCUUCAAAUACUACUUUUAUUUGUUUAUCCUGUUUGACAUUAUACAUGGCUUGGAUGUGCUUCAAUUCAGGAUCUACUUUAGCAUUGUCUGACGGUUCAGUCUUCACUGUUGGAAAUUCAAUUGCUAACACAAUGGUAGGUGGUGCGAGUGGAGGAUUAUUUGUUUUCUUUUAUCAUUAUUUUACUAACAGAAACACUGAUAGUCGUUUUAGUUUAGUGAUGGUUUGUAAUGGCAAUUUGGCAGGCCUAGUAGCAGUAACAGGAUCCAAUGAUGAAAUAGAAUAAUGGGCAGCCUUUGUGAUAGGGAUUAUUGGAGGAAUCAUUUAUGUCUUGGUGGCUAAAAUAUUACAUAAAUUGCAAAUAGAUGAUCCUGUUGAUGCCAUUCCUAUUCAUGCUGGAUGUGGUUUAGCAGGAGCCAUGUGUCCAGGGUGGUUUGAUAGAAGAAGAGGAAUCUAUUAUGAAUGGGGAGCAUAUCAAUGGGGAGUUUAAGUGCUUGGUUGUGUAUGUUUUGUUGCAUGGUCUGUAGCUUGGCAUUACGUGGCUUGCAAAAUAUUGGAAAGACUCAAUUUGCUUAGAGUCCAUAAUCGCAUAGAAAUGGAAGGGUUAGAUCCAACGAUCUGUGGAGGACAUGCAUUCUUUUAUGAACCCGUAAGAGAAUAAGAAAUGAAAGAACCCUAUUCAUUUUAAAGAGAUAUUCAAUAAUUAGAAUAAAAAUCUAUCUCUUUUUAAAUAAGCUGA